ACAUCAGUGAAGUCAUCUUGUGAGCUCAAGCGAUUCCUUACCCCUGACCACUCCAGCUACUGUUAGCUAUAUAGGAGGUGCGCACUGUACUAAAGAACAGAUUGCUACAGAAGUUGUUGUGACUGCAAGUGCAGAGAUCUAUUACACAAGCUAUAAUGGCAGAUCAAUAUGACGGUUUAGAUGAAGCUGCUCUCAAAGAGAUGCUGAAUGGUGCUGAAGACUACGAGGAGCGAUCGGCCAUCCGUAAAGCCAUCCGUAAUCUCAAGGGCUCUAAAUCAAAGAAGCAAGUUGGCUCCAGCAACUACCGCCGGGCUGGUUGGCAGGCCCCCAAAAGUGUGUCCAUCCCAAAUUCCGUAACAGGCAACAUCCUCCCAGUCAAAGUCAACGUUACCGAUAACACGCUUGAAACACCGCCGUCCACAGCGACCACCAGCUAUCUUAAAUCUAACGAGAUGCCUUAUAGAAACCAGGGACGUAGAAAGUCAUCAGGGACGGGGGUGACCAACGGUUUAUCCACUCGGUCCUCCCCCAGAGAAUCUGUUAGCUCAUAUAGCUCGGUCACCCCGGAGCCAAAAGAACUGGCAGAACCUGAGAAGGCUCCUGAAGUUGUGAAGGCAGAGAUUGUUGAAGAGGCUGUAUCACCUGAGCCCCCCAGAGAGCCGACCCCUGAGCCAGAGAGGGAGCCAUCACCUCCCCCUCGAUCACCAACCCCUGAACCCCCCAGAGAGCCGACCCCCGAACCCCCCAGGGAGCCCACUCCUGAGCCACCGCGUGAGCCUACUCCGGAACCAGCCAGAGAGCCAAGUCCAGAACCAAUACGGGAGCCAAGCCCAGAACCAGUGCGAGAAUAUUCUCCAGAGCUGGAGCUAUCCCCAGAGCCCAGGGAGGCCGAGGCAGCUGUUGACUCAGCAGAUGAGCCAGGAGAGAGUGAGGGGGAGGAGCUUAGCGAGGGUAACGAUGACGAGGAAGAGUACGAAGAUGAUGACGAUGAGGAAUCUGAGGAAUUGGGUGGGCGUUCUGAGAAAGAUACCCACCAAUAUCGUGGGGGGCGGUCCUCCUACGACCCCAGUAAGGUGGGGGUCAAGACGUCCCUACCCAUUGAGGUACUCACUAAGAAAGAGGAGGGCAUCGAUGGAGACUUCCGUAAGAAACUACGUAAGGCAGAGGCGACAAAGAUCGACACAACAAAGGCCUUCCCUCAGGCAAAACCAAAAGGGGAGCAAGUCGAUUUCAGAAAUGUUCUGCGAAAAGCGGCAGGUCCCGAGAUAAAAAGGAUCAAGACCGGGGCAGCUGCUCAGAGUGACUUCCGUGGUAGUCUCAAGGGACGACCCUCACCAAACAAUGCUCCGGAGGCCAAGCCAAAGAGCCGCAGGAGACAAGAGGAGACAGCUGAUGAUGAACAAUACGAACCAGAACCUGUGGUGGAACCGGAACUGGAAUCAGUUGAAUCAGAAAUGGUAGAAUCGCAAUCUGUAGAACCAGAACCGGAGGAGGUGGAACCUGAAUCAAAUGUUGCAAAUGAAGAACCUGAGGAACCUCAAGAAGAGCCGUCAGAAGAUCAAGUAGAAGAUCAAGUAGAGGAUCAAGUGGAUGCAGCUGAGCCAGAAAAGAAGGCGGAGCCUGAGUCGUACGAGGCUCGUAUGGCGGAGAGACGACGUCGCCGUGCCGAGAGGUCAAAGGAGAUGCAGACGGUAGAGGUUAAAAAGAGCGAGAAGCCAUCAGUUAGUAAUGGCGUUGACGAGGAUUCGUACGAAGCUCGUCGAGAGGCACGUCGGAAGGCGAGGGAAGAGAGACUGAAGACUACGUCGGCCACGGGAGAUGAUAAACCGAGGAUGACUUAUCGAGAGAGAAAGGCAUUGGAUAAUAAGAAACAGAUGGAUAAUGCUCGCGAUAGUCGCAGCAAGUGGUCCAACAUGGAGGAGGAGAGUGGAGACAAAGCCGAGGCUAAAGGUGCCAACUUUAAGAAGAAGGAUAGUGCCACUGGACAACUACUGGCCUGGUGUCAACACAAGACACGCUUCUAUGAGAAUGUUGAGGUGAAAGACUUCCGAGGCAGCUGGUCUGAUGGUAUGGCGUUCUGUGCCAUCAUGCACUCCUUCCUGCCCGAUAAGGUCCCCUAUGAUGAUCUCUCACCCUCUAACCCUCGCGAAAACUUCACCAUCGCCUUCGAAGCUGCAAAGGAAGCGGGCAUUCCAGAGAUGUUGGACGUGGAGGACAUGGUGAUGGUGAAGAUCCCCGACUCUAGGAGCAUCAUGACCUUCCUAGUUACCAUCUACCAGCACUUCAACUAGUCAGUCAAAGGACACAAUCAUCCCUCGAAUUGACAUUUGUGUUUUAGAGCUCAUCCUGUUUUUAUUUUCGUUAUAAUAAUAAUUAUAGCAUGUGUCGUACAAACUGCAAAGCUAUCUAGGUAUACAUGCAUUUGUAUAAUUUGUGCUAUUACUGUGCAUACUGUAGACUUGGCUGAUUCUGAAUUAUGUAUGUGAUAUUGAAACACUCAGACACAAUGUUUAAAUGAAAA